AUGAUCGAUAGUGAAUUAAAUCCACAAAAGAUAAUUGGCUUCUUGCGGGAAGAACUAAAAUGGCCAAUAAUACAUAAUAAAGAUGGGAGUAUUGGUGAUGGAAAAGUCGGAAAACCCAAGAAAGUAAAAAUCAAGUUAGAAACUACUACUAAGCAAUUAGAAAAAAUGUUAGAAAAUUUUGAACCCCAAGAGGAGGACAAAUAUUUCCAGAUACCACAAAACAAACCAUCUUAUUCGGCUUACAACAAUAUUCCUCCACAACUUUUAAAAGUUAGUAAGAGUGAGGAAGGUAAAAUUAUUGGUGAGGAGGAAAAAACUUUGGGACAGUUGGAGGAAGAACGGCUUUUAAAAGGAACACCACCUCCUAAUUUACGAAAAGAAAGAGAAUUCAGAUUGGAACUAGAUAACUUUAUUGCCCGUAAUCGUAAGAAGUAUUUCAAGAUUUUUAUUUUUGAAAAGGUUCCUACUGCCCAUGAGGAUACUUGGAUUAAGCAACCUUUUGCCGAAGCAGUGAUUGGAACCACUAAAUCUACUCGGGAAAUAAUGAGUUAUGGGGUUUUAAAGUUAACAGAAAAAUUGAUUGCUGAUGAUUAUCGUGAGGGAAAGGUAAACAUAGUUGGAACAUAUCAAUUUGCCCAUGAAAGCAAGUUUAUUUCCAUGGCUAAUCGUUUGAAAGAGGGCAAAAAUAUCGAGUUUAGUUUGAUUUAUAAGUCUGCCGCAGGCGAAAAGGAAUUUUUAACUGCUCCAGUAGAAAGGAUAAUAGAAAAAAGACCGCCACGAGAAAAAGUUCAAAGAGAACAUAAGGCUGAAUACCAAGGGAUGGCUGAUAAGAUAAUUCGAAUGAUUAGAGAAAACCAAAAACGAAUAAAAAACGAGUAA